UUUUGAAUAUUCAACGUUAUUUUCAUACAUAUUGUUAUGGAAUUAUGAAUUCAUUUGAACCUUCCUAAUUUGCAAUGCGCCGAUAAGACUCGUAUUUCUCAAGACCACGAUCAAUGAACAGUUACAUCUUAUUGAAACUGCGAUUCAACGAUUAUACGGAAUAUUAAUAUACUCAGGAUAGUUUCCGCAUACUAAAAGAGGGAUGACGAUGUUCUCCAAAACAGAACUGCACCCAUUGUUAAUGAAAACCGGCAUCUCUUAUCUUAAUGGGAGGUGUUUGAUUAGAAAAGAUACUACCAGUCAUCGCCCAGCUUAAGCUGAGACUGGCCUGAAGUUGUGUAACAGUGUGCAACCUCCGUAACCUCCCUGAUAUUGUCAAAGUUUUAGGAGCUUUCGCUUCUUCAAUUUAAAUUGUACACAGUGUAGUUUAUGUUAAUGAUAUUCAUUGUAGACAACCUUCCACUAUGCUGGAAGGUCUAGUGGCAUGGGUGAUAAACAAUUAUCUUGGCAAAUAUGUUGAAAAUCUUAAUACAGACCAACUUAGUAUUGCUCUUUUACGUGGAGCUGUAGAGCUUGAAAAUCUACCCCUUCGAAAGGAUGCUCUCCGACAUGUUGGACUGCCUAUUCAGGUGAAAGCUGGUUUGAUUGGAAAAGUUAAACUUAAAGUACCGCUGACCCAAGUGAGGACUGCACCAUGGGAAAUUUUCAUGGAACAGUUAUACCUGGUCGCUGGACCAUUGAACCUGACUGAGCUUGAUGAGGAAGCAGAAGAACAGGCUCUUCAGGAUUAUAAAUUAGGGCGCCUUGAUGCAAUUGAGGCAGUAUGGAGGCAAACAGAAGCAUCCCAAGAUUCAAGUUACUACGCCUCUAGCUAUUCUUCAUGGCUUGGACUGAGUAUGAAUUUUGCUGCUAAUAUUAUAGAAAAUCUCCAGUUGAAAAUAAAAGAUGUUCACCUACGUUAUGAAGAUAACAUUACUAUUGAUGGAAAAGUUUUUGCUGCUGGAGUACAGAUUGAGUCUUUAACUGCUCAAAGCUGUGACGAUUCAUGGAAUCCAUCAUUUGUCUCCGGUUCUUCUAAAGAAUCAUUUAAAUUGAUGGAAAUGACUGGUUUUUCGGUCUAUUGGGAUCAAAUAACUCAAGCAGAAAUGUGGGGUGAUCUUUUGCUGUCUCAUUUUGUUGGAAAUAUGGCAAAAACUGCCUCUUCGAAGCAUACCUAUAUAUUGUCCCCUGUUCAUGCUGUUGCUCAUUUCAAAAGAAAUAGAAGUGAAAAGCCAUUGAGAUCUAGAACUCACCCUAGGGUAGUUUGUGAUUUAUUGCUGGAUCAAGUUCCUCUCUCUUUAACUGAUGUUCAGUACUGUGAUAUGGUGUGUUGUAAAAGAGGAUUGGUUAGUCUUGCUCGGCGUCAUGGACACAUUCGAUCUAGGCCUAAAAAGGAGGUUUCUGCUGAUCCUCGAUCUUGGUGGACGUAUGCUAUUAAUCGAAUACUAAAACCAGUUCCAACAUGGUCAAUGACAUUGCUCAGAGCUCGUGAAAAUAUUGCUUAUGUUGCACUUUAUUCCAAAAUGCUUUUAAAUCCAACUGACCAGCUGUCAAAGGAUGACAAAAAUCUCAAGGACAAAGUCGAAUGGGAAAGAGAUUUUGAUGAACUUCGAGAUUUAAGAGAGAUUUCUAUGAGAAGAGUGCGACUUCCUGGGAAAGUAGUAAAAGUAGAAGGCAGUGUUGGUCUCCUUGCAUCGUGGUUUCCUGGCUGGUGGCAGUCGUCGCAGGCUGACAGUGCUAGCUUGAAUCCUGACCCUGGUACUGCCGCUUUAGAAGAACAAAUAUUGGAUGCACUAGCAGAUUCAGUAGAGAACAACACUCUUCUCAAGAGAGAUGUAGUUUUUGGUCAAUUCAACUUCACAUUGAAAACAGGAACAUUUCAUCUUUGCUCGGGAUCUGAAGCAUUGAUGGAACUGCAGUUUGAAAAUGUUCAAUUGGGUCUUGAAUCUCGUCCCAGAAAUGGGUCUCACUGCGUUAACAUUACAUUGGGAGCUCUUUAUUUGAGAGAUCAUUUAUUCAAAGAUUCUGCGUUCCCAGUUCUCGUUUCUCCUCAAAGGAGUGAUGCAGCACCAACUGGAAGGCUAUCAAAAAAUCUUCCACCAGGCCUUGCAAAAAUCGUCAGUCAAACUGCGAUAAAUGAAAAAGAGCAACCACUGUUUCAGCUUUCAUACGAGUACAAACCUUUUAACAGCAGUGCUGAUCGAAGGCUUGAGGUACAUUUAAAAUCUCUAGAUGUUGUUUAUAAUCCUGGAUCAACUAAGUGGAUGUUGGAAUUUUUCACUGGUCCUCAUCAAGUUGUAGAUUCUGGCUUGCGACAAGCUGCUAGACAAGGUUAUCAUGCAAUGAAAAGAAAAACAAAGCAGCAGUUACUAAGCAACUGGGAAAAUAUGGUAUAUGGCCAUGCUGCCGUUCGUAAAACAUGGGAUAUUGAAUUAGACAUUUCAGCACCUCAAAUAUUUCUCGUAGAACACUUCAAUGAUAAAAAUGCAAUUCUGUGUGUGGUCGACUUAGGUAAGCUUCAUUUCACCAAUAGGAUACCAGGAAUUGUCAUACCUGUGCAAGAAAAUGGCAGUACUGAAGUGGAAGAAGAAGAAGAAGAAGCUUUUCAGACACCUUGCUCAACUCCGCCUGGAAGUGAAGUGAGCUCUCAAACUUCAUCAAGAAACCCUUCUGUAGAUAUGGCAAAUAUUAAUGAGCUCCUGCUUCACAAUAAGCUAUAUGACAAAUACAUUAUAGAGCUUUGUGAUCUUCAGAUUCUGGUGGGUUGUGUUAGAGAUAACUGGAAAUAUGCUCAUCUUCGUGGAUCAUCUUCCUUACAUAUUUUAGACAAAUUCAAUAUAUCACUGCAUAUGGAACGCCGAGUAAUACACACAAUUGAUCCACAAUAUCCUAGUUUAACCAUUACGGGUAACCUUCCUAAGUUAGUUGCCCAUGUGAAUGAGGACAAAGUGAAAGCUAUACAAACUUUAGUUAAUGUGAUAUCAGGAAAGGGAUUGAUAUCUCCUCUGAGAUCUCAAGAGAACUCUCCAGGUGAAGAAACAUCGAGUGCAUUUUAUGAUGAUGAUUCAAUAUCUGAAGAGGAAAAGGAUACUGGUGCAAGAUUAUUAAUGCUUCAGUUUUCAAUAGACCAAAUGGCUCUUGAGGUACAGUCUCGAGGCAGAAGUAUUGCAGAACUUCAAGUUAAUGGAGUCAAAGCAUCGUUCACAAAACGACCAUAUGAUACCAGCCUUUCUCUCAGUGUUCAUGGCUUACUUUUAGUUGAUGCUCUUCAGACAUUUGGUCCUGAUUUUGAAUUACUUAUUGCAAGCCAUAAACACGUGGGAAUGGAUAGUGUAAGUGGUAGUUUGCAAGAUAGUGAACCGACCUCUCCUGUAUCACCUGCCUCUCCUGAACCUGAAGGAAGAUCUAGGUUUCCUUCAUCGCCUGUUUCUAUAUCUCAAGCUCUUAGCAGUAUAAAUAUUGAUAGAGCUAAGUCACCUGUCGGGAAAAUUCCAUCACCUCCUCAAAUCAAAAUUCCCCCUAUUUCUACUAACGAGUUGCUGGAUACCGAAGCUCUGAUAUCUGUUGAACUUUUAUUCGUGAAUGCUGACUGUCCUACGAAUGAAGAAAAAAAGGAACAUCUCCAAGUUGCUAACAUCCAGUUUAAUAAUCUUGAUAUAAUUGCAAACCAAGAAACCAUAGUUGAAUUGGUAGGAUUUAUUCAUAGAGCAUUUCCCAAACAUAAAAAUGCUCCACACUUUCCGACACCAUUGGUCCAAGAUGUAGUUGACCAUGGAGAAAUCGAUGGGCAUAAUCAUCAGCCAAGCAUUUCACCUGUAGUUUCGACCAGAACUCAAGUGACAUUUGAUUUUCAUCGUCUUAAUGUUCUACUUCUUAGAGCAGUUGUCACUGAAAAUGGAGUAGUUGGAAGAAAAAUAGCAACUGCAACAAUGACAGAAGCCAAGAUUAAUGCUAAUGUUGGUUCCAGCCUUGAAGUUGAAGGUUCGUUAGGUGGUCUUCAAAUCAUCGAUUUAACUCCAGAAGGCCACAUGCACCAAAGGAUUUUGAGCCUUGGAGAAGAUCCUCUCACAAAUAAAUCUAAAGGGGCUCUUACUCUUGCUCAAAUGGCUGCAGAUAUGUAUAACAUGUCAGGGUAUCAAGCUUCGUUACCUGUUUUAAUUGUUGAUUGAAUUAUUGUGGAUGUUUUUUGGGAGUAUGAUAUAAUAUAUUGCUGAAAUAAAAAUAAGGAUGGCUUCAGUAUGGUAUGUCCAUUCCUCUCAUAUAUUGUAUGAGUUUAAGUCAUGUGCAGCUGAGUUUAAGCAAUACCUCUCCAACUUAUUUAUGUCCAUUAAAUCUGCUGCUACUGAAAUGGCAAUAGGAAUCGUUCAUGCAAGAGCCGAAUCUCUUGCACAAAGUCUUUCUAUGGGAGGACGAUUGUAUGGGAGUUCGAGUGAUAUUUCACAAACUCCGAGGAAGAGGAGGAGUUUGUCUUACUCUAUAGAUCAUCUUGAGAGUAGUCGUGGUUCUGUUACCCCUCAUAGUCCUGCUGAAAGUUCCUAUAGUACUAUGAUAAAAUGGGAUGUGGUCUUAGCUAGUCCAGUAGUAGUGUUGCCCAGAAACUCUUCUAGUCCUCAGGUUGCUGUGGCUCAUCUUGGAAGUAUAAGUGUCACCAAUUCCAGUUCCUCUCCAGUUUCUAGUCCUUGGGGUGUUGGCCCAUCUACCAAUGAGAAAUACACUAUUUGUGUCACAGCUAUGAAUUUAUAUACACUUGAUAUUUCAAAGAGGUUAAAUAAAAUAAUCAAUUUAUCUGAAUCAAGUUUAAUUAGAGCCGAAGAGCUUUAUUGUAGUAGAAGUGAAGGAAUUCCUGUUUUACAUAAUACUAGUGCACAGAUAACUGUUAUAAGAGAAAUGAAUCAUAUUAGGAUGAAGCAACAGGAUGAUAUCCUACUAGAUUGUGGUGCAGAUUUUUUUCAAGUUGAUCAUCAGGAUUCAUUGCAGAUCCAGGGUAGCAUUAUAAAUGCUUUAAAACUUUCACUUUCAAGGGGUCUGUAUGAGCAAUUGUUAGAAACUGUGGAUACGGUUCUUACUCCUGUCAAAGGAGAAGAGGAUGACAAAAGAGUGGAAAAGGUAUUGGCUAACAUUCAAGAAGAACCAGAAAUCAAUACUGGAGUUUCAACAUUGAGUAUGGACUCAGCUUUACGGACUAGAAUGAUGGUAGCACACAGUACAGCUUCACGAGCACCACCUCUUCCUUCUCCUCAGGGAUUAUCUCUCACAGUUGGAUUUGAACUUCCUCUUCUCUCUUUAGAGCUAAUUGCUGAUCUAGGCUCUGGAGAACAAAAGCUUGUUGAUCUCUCAUUCAAGGAACUAAUAAUUCAGUAUGAACAAUCUCAAUGUAUGGAAACUUCCAUUCAAAUUUCCUUACAUUCAGUCAACAUGGAAGAUCUUCAAAAACCUGAAGACUCUAAACACAGGUUUAUCAUGGUUUCUUCUAGAGCUACUAACAGUGAACCGAGUUUUUCAGGCUAUGUUUCUAAAUCAUGUCCGAAUCUUUCUUCACCACAGAGUACAGUCCCUCCUUGGCAUUUUUCUCUUCCUGACCACUUGGAGACAGGGGAAGUUCUUGGUGCAGUAUCAACCAGGCAUCGCCAUGUUGUUGUUGCUGAAAACUCAAUAGAAAAUAGAAUGAGAGGUACUCAGCCAAGGUGUCCUUACACACCCCCGCCUUCCCCUAGAGGAAAAAUGUCUCCUGCUGUUUUUAGAGAGGACAAUCUUGUACAUGUUAAUAUUAUAACUAAGCCAUCACGCCUCAAUAAGUUUGUUAAAUCUCGCCAAGUUAAUGUUGAUUUCAAUAGUCUUGAUGUCAUUGUCAAUGUAGAAUCAUGGGUAGUAGUAUUAGACUUCUUUGGAAUUAGUGAUUUGGAUCAGGAUACUCUUAAGAAAGAUCAAACUACUGAACCUGUUUAUACUCCUUCGUCGAUUAAAAAAUUUCCAGAACAAAUAGGAGUUGAUUCUGAAUUGGAAUUGACUGUAAGAUCUCUAAGCGUUGUAUUGAAUCGAGCAGAAUAUGAAGUUGCACGGGCUGUGAUGACAAACUUGAGUAGCAGACUAGUCUCAGCUGCAGGUUCAGGAUUUACUGAAACAGAGGCGAGUGUUGGCUCCUUUAGUCUGUCUGAUCUUACUCCAAAUCAUAGUCAGUUAUACAGAGAAAGAUUUAUUACAGCUGGGCUGAAGUUAUCAAUGGUGAAAUUCAAUUCUCCAGAUCCAGUGCAACUUCGGCCGUAUGAUUUACAGUUAAAAAUGGACAUGACUUCAUUGGUAUAUGUACAUACUCAGAGGUAUGUGGCUGAAAUCCAAGCAUUUUUUAAUCUUUUUCCUCAUCUUCGUCGGGAAGUGGGCUAUUUUAGAGGAAAGAUGCUUGAAGAUGAUGAGAAUGCCAUUUCCACUAGAAUUCUGAUUGAAGUUCAUGCUCCAUCUCCUAUUAUCAUACUUCCAAUGAGUUCUCAGUGUACUUCUUGUCUAGUUGCUGAUCUAGGAAACUUGACUGUAAAUAACUGUCUAAAAAAGUCAAAUGAAGAAGGUGUUAUCAGUAAAUCAAUUGAUCAAAGCAAAGAAAUACUGUUGGAUGUUAUGAAUAUUGUAUUGGAAAGUAUGGAUAUUGUCACGGGGGAAAGAAUAAAUGAAUAUAAUGAAUUUUCUCAUCAUAUCAUACCUGUUGGUAGUUACUAUAUAAAAAGGCGGAGUGGUUCUCUAUUGAAAGAAAAAUGUCAUUUGAAACUACAAGUAGAAAGGAAUCUUAUGAAAUAUCAGCAUUCAGUUCCAGAUAUUACAAUUCAUGGAACAUUGUCUACUCUUGCUGCAAGACUUCUAUUAAAUGAUUACAAAUUGAUUUCUGGCCUAUUAUCUUUUAACAUAGGAGAGUGUUUAGAUGAUUUAUUAAUUCCUGAAAUUACUCCAGCAAUCAUGAGGGAUGAUGAUUUCGAUAUAGUUUGGACUAGUACUUCUAUGAAGUUUGAACUUGUUGAUGUGAGUGUUUCCCUCGUUCCCAGUAAUGCAUUUGAUCUUGCAUGCAUUAAUUUCAUCAAAUCCAGCCUUACUGUGGACAAUUAUAGCAAUAGAACUCAAGACAUUGACCUGGUUUCUGAAGAAAUUUUAAUAACUGAUAUACGUUUUCUUGCUUUGCACUGCAAUUUACAACAUGACUUAAGUCCAAAAGAAGAAUUACAGGAAAUGCCAUUUGAAUUAAAGUUGAAUAUAACUGAUUCUGAAAUAGUAGUUGUCGAAGAUUCUUCUCAGUGGGACUCAAAUGCUGUUAUCUUGAAGGUACACAUGGCUCAAUUAAAUCUUCGUCUGUCUUACCACGAUGUCAGAAUGUUUAGUCAAAUGCUAGAAUCUUUACCUCAACAAACUCAGUAUGCUAAAAGUCAAAUAGCAGAGGAAGAGCAUCCAGUGAAUUUCCGAUAUCAACUAGAUAAGUUAAAGGCUCUGGGUUUUCACAUAGAUGACUGUUCAAAGGCAUUAAUGAAUUGCAAUGGACAUCUUGAUGAUGCUGCCCUAUGGCUUACACAAAACGCAGUUCCUAUAAGUUACCAAAACAGUCCUAGUGUUAGUCCUAACCAUCAGAUAGCAGAAUCUAUAUUUUCUUUCAACAACAUGGAGGUUGUAAUGGAUCAUGCAUUAUUGUUUAUCAUUGAUGAUUGUCAAGAUGCCGAUGUUCCCCUUGCUGAAAUUUCUUUAUCAAAGCUAGAUAUAAAACAAGAUUUAGAAAAAAAAUCUGGAUUAUCAAAAACAGUGUUAACGAUUCACUACUACAACAGAUUUCUUUCUGGGUGGGAACCAUUCAUUGAAAGUUGGAGUUGUACUUUAUGCUGGGAGCAUUGUUUUGGUCAAAACCUCACAAAAACAAGACUAGAACUAACACUGGCAUCAGUAGAAGUUCUAAAUAUGAAUAUUACUAGUUCUCUUGUUGAACUAUAUAAGAGUGUCAAAGAAAUCUGGACUCAGGAUUAUUAUAAUCAAAAGGAAAGCCUAAGUAGAAACAACUCUGGUGAUUUUAAAAAUUCUAUCUCUAGCCCUCCUGGAUAUAGAAGAAGAUCACCUUUUAUACCCUUCGCUGUCAAAAAUGACACUGGAUCAAGACUCAUCUUUGCCCCGAUAACAUCCUCUUUGGAAAGUUUGAAUGGUCAUCGUAACAAUAAAGUUGCAGAGACCAAUUUGCGAUGGAUUCUCGUUGAGCCUAAUUCGACAGUACCUUUUUCAUUUACUGAAAGAGGAAAAGUGAGGCAUCGGGAUACCCAUAAAUAUCAGUCUCACCAGAUUAAGGUCAAGGUUGAAGGAUGGCAGUCGACUUCUCCUGUAACUGUGGACAGGGUAGGCGUUUAUUUUCGCCAAGCAUUUCCAGACAUUAAGGAACUAGUUCAAGAUAUGCCACAAGCGAGAAUUGUCUUAGAAGUAACACUUGAAGGUUCUGCUAGAAAACUUAUCACUGUUAGGUCAGCCCUUCAGAUCCACAACAAAUUGGACCACAUGGUUGAAAUAAAGUUAAACAACUCUCAUUUUCAAAAAACACUUCCUAUGCAUUUGACUGUCUGCGCUGGUGAUGUUCUAUCUGUCCCAUUGACUCAUGCCCUGGCAGUACUCACAGCUCGUCCACUUCACCCUCAACGGAACUACAGUUUCUCAACCAAACCAGUUCAGUGGCAACAUGUAACAGGACCUGGACAAAUAUUUUAUGAAACUCGUCAAUGUAACACCCAUGCUAAUGUUCCAUUUAGGUUCUGUACAGCGAUUAAGCGAGAAAAUUAUCCUGUUGAACAAGCUCCUCCUCUCGCUCCAUUACUUGCCCAAGUGUGGCUGCAGCCUGCUCAUUACAUUAUUCUUCAACCUCCUCUCACUGUCGUUAAUCUCUUGCCUUAUGAACUCUUUUAUACAAUGAAAGAUUCUGGUAAAGGAAAGAACAUUAUUAAACCUGGUCACCAACAUUCUUCUUCUGAGGUCGAUUUGGAAAAGUGUAUUGAAUUGGUUUUCACGCUAGAAAACUUUCCUCUGGGCAGUUCUCUUGUUAUUCCAGAAUUUACUAAUGGAUUCCACUCUCGAGUUAGACUCCAAGAUAGUUCUGGGCGCCGACUUCAUCUUCAGGCUGCAGUUACUUCUCAUCCAGGAAAUGUUAUUAAGGUUUCUAUAUCAGCUCCAUUUUGGCUUGUCAAUAAAACAGCGCUACCCAUUGUGUUUAAACAAGAAGGUGUUAAAGGUGAAACUGCAGGGCAGUACCAAGAACAUGAGAUGGCUCGAAUGGUUGCCCCACUAUUGUUUUCAUUCGCGGAUACUGAUGCAAGUCCAACUGUGAUAGCAAGAAUUGGUAAUGGGGUGCACCCAGAUGGAGUACCUAUGCCGGGACUACAGAUGCGACGGUUAAAAGUGCAUCUUAACGAUAAUCGUCCUGACAUGGUUUAUAUGAUAGGAAUUGAAAUAAGACAAGGAAGAGGAAGAUACAGGAUGACUAAGAUUGUAACAUUGACCGCUCACUACCAAAUUUAUAAUAAAUCCAGCUAUAAGCUGCAAAUUGCUCAGAGGAACUUCAUCUCAACUGUUAGUGAUCCAGGAGCUGAAUCAACUUACUUGAUGGCUGUACCAAAUUGUUACCUUCCAUUCCAUUGGCCUAGAUUAGACAAAGAUCAGCUUCUUUGUUUGAGGAUAGUGGAUGUUCCUAAUUGUCUUUGGGAUGCGGCUGGCAGAAUGUAUUUUCUUAGAGUAGAUAUUGUUCUGCAAGGAGCUACAUACUUUAUCAUAUUAACGGAUGCUGAUACCAUGCCGCCUCCCAUGAGAAUCGACAACUUCUCUAAAGUUCCUAUUACUAUUCAUCAAGCAUGUCUUACGAAUACAGUUACAACUGUGCGUCCUGGUACUUCAACACCUUAUGCUUGGGAUGAGCCUACACAAGAACCUAUAAUGACUGUUAUUGCUCCUGGUGGUGUUUCAAGUGACUCUGAUGACAUGUUGGAUGUCGUCAAAUCCCUCAUAUGUAUAUAAUUCCUUAACCACCAACUUAAACUUAAUUUUAUC